AUGACUACCAUACACCAGGCUACCGGCGGCCAGGACCACGACAGAUUCGACCCGGAUGACUCCUUCGCCAUGGCGCGCAUGAUUCCAGGCAAGGACAAUGGUCCAGGAGGCGGUGACGAGGACAUCAGCGCGUCUCAAAAGAUGAUCUCGGCCAUGUCGGGCAGUCUGUUGACGUCGCUUCUCGUUACGCCGCUCGAUGUUGUACGAGUUCGAUGGCAGUCCCAAACCGUCACCCCGCCUUCGGUAGACUUUUCCAAGCUUGCGAUGACGACCAACACCCUGAAGACCUUUAAUCGAGAGACGCUCGGAGUUACUGCCUGCUGCAGGGAGGUCUUCUUCAUGAACGGCAACUCUGAGCUGUGCAUAGCCAUGCCCAAAGGGGAGGGCGCCGCGACCGCAGUGGCGGCCGAUUGUGCCGUCGAGGAGGUGGAGCGAAAGACAAUCAGCUCGACCAUGGACGGACUCAGGAAGAUUGCGCGCAACGAGGGGUUCACCAGCCUGUGGCGGGGUCUGUCUCCGACGUUACUCAUGACGAUUCCGGGAAACAUCAUCUACUUCACCGGCUACGACUACCUGCGAUACAACAAGAAGAGCCCGAUCGCACAAAGGCUCAACGACGACACCGCUCCCCUUGUCGCCGGCUCCGGAGCUCGCAUCCUUGCCGCCGCCGCCGUCAGCCCGAUCGAGCUGUUCCGCACCAGAAUGCAAGCCAGCACCGGAAACUCUGCAACAGGCCACCUUGCCAACACGUUCCGAGGCAUCAAGGACAUGGUCAACGCCAGCGGCUACAGCGCGUUGUGGAGGGGCCUGACCUUGACGUUGUGGAGGGAUGUGCCCUUCUCGGGUAUCUACUGGUGGGGGUACGAGACGAUCCGGGGAAAGCUGACGGACCUGCGCGAGACCCGCCGUGGCCGAACGCUGGACGUCAGGGGUUCUCGGACACAGGCGCGCCGUAGAUCGCAAAGCCAGGAGAACCAUACGGAAACCCUGACGGAUAGCUUCAUCGCCGGUGCUGUGUCUGGUGGAUUCGCAUCGAUUGUGACGAUGCCGUUCGACGUGGGCAAGACGAGGACUCAAGUCUACCGCGACUCCCCCAACGCCGCCAAGAUGGCUGCAGCUGAACAAGGCACAAUGAUUCGCCUGCUCUGGCACAUAUUUUCGACCGAAGGUAUCCAGGGCCUCUGGAAGGGAUGGAUUCCCCGCACUCUGAAGGUUGCCCCGGCCUGCGCCAUCAUGAUCAGCAGCUACGAAGUCGGCAAGCGAGUGUUCAGGAGCGUUAAUGAGAAGUCGAGGCGGGACAUGGACUGA